CUCACAACACCUCACUUGAGAAAGCUGAGAGGAAACGGGGACAGCCUGAGACAUGCAGAGCAGCAUGGUGAACCGCAUCAAGAAACUGAUGAUGAGGAGGAAGAUACACAACACCUUGGUCAGACGGUGUCUGGGAGAGAUUCUUGGCACAUUUGUUCUUUUGCUUUUCGGCUGUUCGGCAGCAGCUCAGGUGAAGACCGGCAAUGAGAUGAAAGGGCAGUUUCUGUCAGUCAACCUGAGCUUUGCCGUGGGGGUCAUGUCUGCCAUGUACCUCUGCAUGGGGGUGUCAGGUGCUCAUCUGAACCCUGCAGUUUCUCUAAGUUUCUGUGUGUUGGGGGAUCUACCUUGGCGCUUUCUUCUGCCCUACUCUCUGUCUCAGGUGUUUGGAGCCUAUCUUGCCUCUGCAGUUGUCUACACCAUGUACUAUGAUGCUAUAAUGAUGUAUAGUGGUGGGAUUUUGACUGUUUAUGGUCCCAACGAAACUGCAUCCAUCUUUGCCACGUACCCCGCCCCAGGGAUGUCCGUACAGACCAACAUCUUUGACCAGGUUGUGGGUUCCGCUACUCUGUUGCUAUGUAUCCUGCCCCUGAGUGAUAAAAGGAACAGACCAGCUCCUGAUGCCUUACUGCCACCCAUUGUCGCAGCUGUUGUUCUGGGAAUAGCCAUGGCCAUGUCCUCUAACUGUGGUGGAGCCAUAAAUCCAGCGAGGGAUUUGGGGCCUCGACUUUUCACUCUCACAGCAGGCUGGGGGACUGAAGUCUUUACGUGCUAUGAUUAUUUUUUCUUGGUGCCACUGGUGGCUCCUCUGUUUGGGGCUUUGCUCGGCUGCUUUUUUUACCAAGUCUUCAUCCAUUGGCAUCUCCCCGACCCCGAACCAGAAACCGUCGAAAGUCAACCUCAAGACUCGGCAAUUCAGUUAAAAGUGGUUGCUCUUUAAUGAAAAGUAUAAACAGUUGCAGCAAACAUUUCUGAUUUAGCUUCCUGUUUCUUGUUAUCAUUAUCAUUAUGAAACAGAUAUUUAUGUAGUCCAUUGCAAAGAUUUUCACACACACACACACACACACACACACACACACACACACACACACACACACACACAUUCAUCUCUGGCCAAUUCAGAGUAAUUAUUUUAUAGCUUCUGUAGUUAUAUCAAAAGAUAUAACUAUAAUGGCAUUUGAUGAAUUGAUAACAUAAGACAGGCAAUGUAAUGAGAAGAGCUGUUUCUGCAAAUUGAAUCACAAUGAAUCAGAUGGUUUUUGGUCAUUUGUAUAUAUUACCCACAAUGUUCUACAGUGAAUUAGAAAAGUUUGUGCGCAUUGUGACUGUAGUUUUGGUUAGUAGACUGGAAGCAACUAAAGUUACUGAAGUUUUAGUACAAUUUUAGAGAAGCCUCACUUUAUUCCUCUUUAACCUCACUUGUGCUUUUCAUGAACUGUUAUACCUUGAAUUAUACCUUUUUUUAUAUUUUGAAUAACAAAAUAAAACAGAUUCUGAGCUAA